UUUGCUCCUUUGUUUGAUGCUUUAUUUGCGACUGGUAGGUAGCCACAAUGAUCCUUAAACUAUUCGUCCUUCUUUGGCUGUCACUCUGUGGUAUCCAAUCCGUUCCUGUGCUUAGCAGGAAUGAAGCUACGUACGAGGAAACGGUAUCAAAAAUCAGAGAGCUGAGCUUAGGUUUGCCUGACGAGCGUGUUGGGGAAGCUGUAAGUAAAUGGUCUGCGGAGUCAACAACUAACCCUGAGGAGCUAGGCUCUUACUUUGAAGGGGACAUUCUAACUGUUCCCGAAGAACCUGGUAGAAAUGGCAUAAACGGAUCUUAUUUCAGAUGGCAUGAUGGCGUAAUCCCUUUCGUGAUUGAAGAAACAGAUUUUAACGAAACGGAAGUCCAGUCUAUUUUGGCAGCCAUAGCUGAUUACCAUUCUAAAACGUGUUUGAGGUUUGUGGAAUAUGAUGGAAACCAGACAGACUACAUCUCCAUUCAAGGCGGAAACACAGGAUGCUGGUCAGGGGUUGGAAGACUUGGUGGCAAGCAAACAGUCAAUUUGCAGCCGCCUAAUUGUAUCCGGAGGUUUGGAGUCAUAAUUCACGAGCUCAUGCACACCGUUGGCUUUUACCAUGAACAGUCGAGGAUCGAUAGGAACGAUUAUGUUACAAUCAACUGGGAAAACGUUGAUAUAACAAAAUUUCAUAACUUUUUGACAAUGCCAAACUCCUAUGCUUAUGGAGUGGAUUACGACUAUGGCAGCGUGAUGCACUACACUGAAAACUCAUUUUCUAGCAAUGGAAAUAACACCAUUGACACUAAGCCUCCUGGAAUACCAAUAGGGCAGAGAGAGGGCUUCGGUAUAAUCGAUCUUGAAAAAAUCAACCUAAUGUACAACUGCACCGUUCAAUAAUUUCAAUGCUAGCCCAAAAUAACCAUAGAUAUUUCAAUGCCUUCAAUGAAUCGGUUUUGAAUGAAUUUAACAAUGAUUUAGAUUACUUGGUUAUAAAUUUUAGCUAGUGAAGUGAUUUUGUACUUUUACGUUGAUACCUUUGAAGAUGAUCAAAGCCAUGAUGUUUGAUUUGUUUGCAAUAAAGUUCAUUUUGAGUUA